AAGUCACCUCGGCUUAGUCAUUCCUUCUUCUAGUUUCCAAAUCUUGAAGCUCCUUCUUUGUUUCUCCUUCAUUAAACUAUUUCUUUCUCUCAAGAAACUCGUAGUUCUCCAAUAAUGGCUGCCAUAACUUGCUCUGUUAUCAUCUUUCUUAUGUUUCUUUCUCUGUGUUCGGCUUUCCCUAGUAACAGGAGGCAGGAUAAGCCAUGCAAAAACCUCAUAUUAUACUUUCACGACAUUAUUUACAACGGAGAGAAUGCUGGUAAUGCUACUUCUGCCAUUGUUGCAGCUCCAGAAGGUGCUAACUUAACCAAAUUGGCCGGUCAAUUUCACUUUGGCAAUAUUGCAGUUUUCGAUGACCCCAUCACGCUGGAUAAUAACCUUCACUCCAAACCAGUUGGGAGGGCUCAGGGCUUUUAUAUUUACGAUACCAAAAAUACUUACACUUCUUGGCUCGGAUUCACAUUUGUUCUUAACAGUACAGAUCACCAAGGCACAAUCAACUUCGCCGGAGCCGACCCCCUUAUGCAGAAAUCCAGAGAUAUCUCUGUCAUUGGUGGCACUGGAGAUUUCUUCAUGCACCGAGGCGUCGCCACCAUCGUCACCGAUGCUUUUGAAGGCGAAGUCUAUUUCAGGCUUCGUGUGGACAUUAAGUUCUAUGAGUGUUGGUGAUGUGCUAAAAUGCGUCGAGUAAUUAAUUAGCAUAUAACAUAUAAUAUAUAUAUUUAUAUAUAGUCGAGCAGUGUUGUGUCAACUCAUUGAGUAUGGUCUCUAUACAUUGGCGAGAGGAACAGAUUAUUAACAUGAAAGUGCGAUAGAGGUUAAUUCAGAAGUUUUAUCUCACGCAUGGCUCAUGUUUUUCAAAAGCAAGUUUCUUGUGCGUCUUUAAUAUCACCCACACACACACCCACACACCCCCCCACACACAUACACAUAUAUUGUAUGCCUUGAGCCACGUCUUGAUCAAUAAAACUCAUUUUCUACUUCAAA